AUGGCAACAUUGCAAAUUUAUGAAACAUCUAUGUUGUGAUUUUGAGUUCAUGUCACAGAUAUGUAAGCUGUUCCCCUUCCAAGUUAUGAAGCUCGUUCGGCUGAGAUUAAAAUUGAUUCCGAAAAUAUUGGAUGAUAAAGAGUUAAAUGUAAAACUGAUUUUUUUGGUUCGCGAUCCUCGAGGUAUGAUGCAGUCUAGACGUAAUGUUGAGUUUUGUCCUAAUAAAAUAGACUGCGGAGAUCCGAAAAUCGCUUGUCAAGACAUGUUAAACGACUAUGUGGCAGCAAGUGAUCUGCUUCAAAAAUAUCCUGGAAGACUUAUGGUUAUACGUUUCGAAGAAUUAGCAAUGGAGCCUUAUGAUGUGUCAGCGAUAAUUUUAAAGUUUCUGGGGCAUUCUGUAACAGGACCAGUUUAUGAGUAUCUGAAUAAGCACACGAACGCAACUAAACCAUUUUCAAACACUUAUAGAGUUUCUAGUCGAGUGCCUUUUAAAUGGAAAAAUAAAAUGGAUUUUGUAGCUGUUAGUGAAAUACAGGAAGUCUGCAAAUUGGCGAUGAAGAAAUGGGGUUACAAGAUGGCGUUUAAUGAGACCCAUAUGAGAAGCGAAGAUUUUAACCCUUUGGAUGAUUAUACAAUAUAAAUGUGGAAAUCACUUUAUUUAACACGAAAUAUUCUUGACAAUCCUUGCAAUCCGGUUUCGCGGCUGACCUGAUCCAUCUGGUUAUCUAUCAUGACUAAAUACUGAAACAUCACCAAGUGGGGCGAAUGGAUGACAAUUAAAUCGCAAUAGCAGUUUUAAUGUUAGCGGGAAUUCUGCUACGCACUUUUUUUUAACGACAUCAAAAAUCAUCAAAUGACCCCUCCUGCUGUGGGUUAGCAGCGGUGAGGGAGUGUCAGAUUCUUACUGACUAAAAACCGUCGUGUUCCGUCGUAGGCCUUUUAUGUACCAGGGCCGCGGUAACUCUUUCGAACAAUCCCGCAACCUCAUUGGUAUGCCAUUGGUGUGCCAUUUGGUCUAUACGGUAGUUUGAGUUCAAACAAAUUAAACCGAUGUUGAAAAAUAUAGGUACGAUAAGUAUAGGUAUUGUCGGUGAUUUUACAAAUCGAGCAAGGCCAAAACAAAUUUUAAUAAACUUCUACUUCCCCUCUUUCAAUUAGAUUAAGACCAACAAGUUAUCACACGAAAGUAUAUUGAAGAAACGCUUACGUCGAAGAUACCACCAAAUUAUAAAACAACUAUGUAUCUUAAAUUAAAAAAUAACGUUGACAACAUUUCAUGGUCUUCAUUCUACCAAGUACUUACUAAGGUACCUACCUAAGAAAUAACUUGACUGAAAUUGGCCGAUUUUGGUUGCGCAGUUACCCAGACAAUGUUCUUCGGACUCGUCAACAUCUUAGGUAGCUUCUAUAAGUACUUAAAACCAUGUAUUCUAUCGCAUUAUUGAAAUAAAUUGGUCACUUGUUA